GAGAGAGAGAAAGUGUGUGUGUGUGUGUGUGUGUGUGUGUGCGUGUGUGCGCGCAUGUGGGUAAGUGGGCCGCUGCUGUAAAAUUUGGUAGCGGGGCUCUCUCUCUCUGCAUUUAUUGAAGGUUUUGGCUCGCAGCCCGACAGGGUUUUAUUUGUAAUCGAGGCAUGCACACGCACUCCAUGCAGUUCACGGUGCCUUCUCGGCUGCCUCGCGUUUGGAAGCAACCCAGCAUUCGCCGCUGACAUGGACAGAGCUCUAAAGAUGGUUGCUGAGUGCAGUGCUGUGUUCACCCCUCCGCUAUCAGCCACACACCCCUGUCCACAUGCGCAGCAGAGCUAACAGAGGCUGUUGGAGAGGAGGCCUGUGUUUUGGGCAGGCAGGCUGCUGUCAGCUGAUCGUCUGGGGCUAAUAUGUUUGGAUAUUUGCCUUGUGACAUUCAGAGAAGGGAGCCCCACAGACAUGAUGCUCCUGAAGAAGGAGCAGAAGGAUGCUGAACUGGACAAGAAAAUUGAAGCUUUGCGCAAGAAGAAUGAGGCUCUUAUGAAACGUUAUCAGGAGGUGGAGGAGGAUAAGAAGCGGGCAGAGCAGGAGGGCAUGGCCCUGCAGAGCCGUAAGGGAAAGGUUGAGGACCUGACCAUCACCAUUAACAAAUCCCCCACUGAGAAGCGUGUAGUGACCAAGAAGGGUUCAGAAAGCACAAGCCCUAAAGGGUUUCAGGAGCAGGGAGAGGGAGUUUCUGCCAUUUUCAGCAGCGGCCGGGGAAAAAGGAGGCAGCUUCUUGUCACCACACCAGGAAACACCAAGGGCAAGAGAGUGGUCAGUGAGCGAGUGGACAGGAGGAGUCCUACCAGCCCAGUGGAGUCAAAGUACCCUACUGAGGACAGACAGGAGCUGCUGGACACUACUGCAGGUGGAAGGAACUGUCUGAACACCAGGAGAGCCACAGGAACCCAGGUUGGGAGGAAGCAAGAACGAAAGAGUCGAGCAGAUGAGGCUCAUGGAUUCACAGAAUGUGACACCUAUUUACAGCAAACAGAACUGUCCGAUGCACUGCACCACGCUGACCUGGACGCCCCCACAUCCAGCGAAGAGCAGCUGGAGUACCUGCGUUGGAAGAGGGAGCGGGAGGAGAUCGACAGAGAGCGCGUUGCCCGCCAUAAAAACUCUCAGGGCCAGUGGAGGAGAGCCUGGGACAUGGACAAACCGGAGCUUAUGUUUUCUGAGAAAGUGCAAGGGGUGGCAGAGAGAGGAGCACAGAACAGAGGCGGCAGAAAUGGCAGAAAAGGACAUUUAAGAUCUUCACCAGCAGAAUCUCGAGGUAACCCAGUUCGACAGCGUGAUAAAAGAGGAAAGAAUGUUCCUGUAGUUGGUAGCAAAGCGAAAGGAAAGGAUCGUCUGACAGGCAGAGCCAGGAGAUGGGAUACUAAGAUGGAAGAGGAGCAGUUACAGCCAAAUCUGCAGGCAUGCCCAGACACUAGCUUAGAAGAGUUUUUGGAGGAGCUGGAUGCGCUUUGUGAACCUGAGGCUGACAGCAACACUCCAGACAUGGAGACCCAGGAUGGACUCAGGAUGGAUGCCUCUGAAGAUACAAAAGCAGGGAGUCAACAUAAUCCUACAGAGUCAAACACAGAGACAUCUGGCUCUAAAAGCACUGAGAAGAAGGUCCGUUUUUCAGAAGACCUCAUUCAGGGAGCUUCCGAGAAGAACACUGGCACAACUGAGACCAAGGCUAGUUCUUUAAAGAACACAUCACAGAAUACAAGAUCAGCUGGAGAAGAGGAUGCACACCAAGCCUUGGAGCACAACCAGGAUGGCAUCAGUAAUAACCAAGAAAAAGAGGUCACAGGCAUGCUUCCCACAGAUGUCCAAACCAAAUGGCCAGGUCAGGAAGAUGUGCAGGAGAAUGUUAAAGAACGUCCAGAGCCCCUGGAAGGCUUCCUUGAGAGUGAAGCAAAAGAAGCAUCCUGUUACAGCCUCAAUUCCCAAAACAGCAGUAAUGCCACUGAACAGGAACUACUUUACCCUGUGGAACACAUGAAGAGUAGCACUACCAGAAGCACUGAAGAACUGAUAGACUCCAGCCUCUCUGUCUUGAGUUUGGAAUCUGGAGACCCUCUUCCUGACCACAGCACUAGCACUGAUAAGGCUAGAGAGAACGGCAAAAUAGUUUAGAUGGGGCCUUUCUUCACAUUCACACCUGGAUCGAGACUUAAGACUGAAGUUUGGCUGUUUUUGUUUUUUUCAUCUGUAAGAAUGGCUCUGUGUGGAACUAACACAAAAUUAGCACAAUGAUUGCUUUUACCUACUGUAUUUAACUCCUUUUGCUAACUCAUAGGUCAUCGGGGUAACUUGAAACUUGUGUUUUGACUGAGAAACAUAGAUGAGAACAGGUGACAAAAGAGAUAGAGAGGUAUCUGUUGGUAGCCUUUAGGUAGCUUGAAACGAUUCUUUAAUCCUUUCUGAGGUAGAUCUACUUUUGAUUUACUCUCUUGUAUGUGACUACAGUCUAAAUGUCUAAACUUCUACAUCAGCCUGGGUUUUGUGGUUUGAUGGAUUUGAAAGGAAAUUAGGCUAAAAGCACUAAACAGCAUAUUGAAUGUCUAACUUAAGUGUCAUUUAAUGGAGCUUCUUGACAACUACGUAUAUGCAAUUGAAGGAGGAAAUUCUACACCGCACAAAAUAAUACGCUUACAAAUUGGCAGUCAGUUUAACACGUCCACUCUACACACGGUUGCGCCGAUACACAUACAUCAGAAAUAUCAGUCAUUUGAUACCGUAUGGAAGCCUCCUUUUUUUCCAUUAGAGACUCUAUUUAUUUUUGUAAGCACAUGUUUUCAGACUUGAGGGAGUGGGGUUUUAGAGCGACAACAGUUGAAGCAAUGUUUACUGCUUUAUGGUAUGUUUAUAAGCACUUUAUUUUGUAUGAAUGUCAACGAUCAGAAAUGUUCCAGUUGUUGAAUUUUCAUUUGAUAAAUACUGUAUGUUGAGAUAAAAAACCCCUUUAAGACUGAACACUUUUGACAGCUAACAUUUUUGUCCAGAAUUGAGUUGCUUCAGCGAAAUCUUGUUCAAUUGUGAAAGAUAAUGAUAUGCUUUUUGUAAUUGCACAUAUUCUGAAAUGGGCCUGGAACGAUACGCUUGAUACACUUUAUCCAAUACUUGUUUUAAUAUAGAGCUACAUAAAGGUGAGCGAUAUGGCAAUAAUGUAAUAUCAUGAUACUUUAAGAGGUUUUCGCAAUAUACCGUAUGUUACAAUUCACAAAUAUGAGUUCUUUAUAGAACCAUUUCAUGACUAUGAAAAAGCAAAACUUGUGCUUAGUGGCUGGUUUGACUAAAAA